AUGCAUCAGCAUGUGCAAAGUGAGUGCUUUUGCCGGCACACGCGAGUUCUCAGGCCCAUGGCGUUGGGUGGAGGCGGACGGUAGGCUCGUGUCUACUUUAGGGGGUGGCUGUGAGGCUCACAGAGGUGGUUUCGUUUUCCCAGGACCACCCAGGAGUCUCUGAGCUGCAGGUGGAGCCCAGAUCUUUUCCCCUGCGUCUUUUUUGGAACCUACUACCCCCGGGAAGGAGAGAGCCCAGCGGGAGCUCCCGCCCAGGAACGACUUAGGAAGAAGGCAGCCUCGAUUUACCCGGGUGUGCUGGGGUUUGCCGUCCACUGCCCCCCAGGCCCCGAGGCAUGGCGGCAGCGUCCCUGGGCUGACCCGCUGACACUGUGAGUGCCGGAGGGACCCGUCACCAGGCACAGAAGAAGCCUGGAAGCGCACAAACCGCACCCCCCCUCCUUUCCCAGGAUGCUCUGCAAUGCGUGGGCUCAGAGUAGCCACCGCGACUGCUCCAAGGGAAAGAGGACCCCAGAGGGCAGGGCUCAGGGAGCCACACGGACAGGCUCAGGCUCUUCCCCAAGAGCAUGGACUGACUGCGGCUGGAUUUCAAGACAGGAGCGCCCAGGGCGGUUCGGUCAGAGCCACAGCCUAGACCAGGAGCUGCCUAGAGAUGGGAGGAUUUCUGGACGUAAGCAGAAUAAAUGACCCGGGUCCCCGAAGUUCUGGGUUUAAGCCUCCUUCAUGGGGCUGCCCGGGGGAGGGGCACAGGCUGUGAGCUCAGACAGCAUUCUUACUAUUAUUAUCUCCAACCCUUAAAUGGCACUCCCUGUGUGGCAGAUACUUCCUAGCAAGAGCCACUCCACGAGCAGGUCCUGUCACCACCCCCGUUUCACAGAGGAACCUGCACAAAUGGGCUCGAUCCCCACCCCCGCCGAAAACUCCUAUUUAUUUUUCAAAACCCUGGUAGGGCAUCCCUGCGCUGAUCUCCUGGUGGGGGCCAUCCUUCCCCCCAACCCCCCCUGGAGCCCCAUUUCCCACACCUGCCGGUCUGUGCCCAUCCACUGGGCUCCUUGCUCAGAAGCCUGCUUUCCGGAGUCUGAAUCCCCAUCCGGCACAGACAGGGGGUCAAGACGUGUUUGCCAAACGGGACAGCAGAGGCUGUGGCCCCUUUUCUCGAUACUCCCACAGGACCUCCUGGAGGAAAAUGUUGCUUGUCUCCCCCGCAGGUGGCCAGGAAACCUGUCCUUUAAAGGUGACUCUGGGCAGGUCUGCUGGCCCAGCCCACCCCCCAGCUUAUCUUUCCUGGAAACUGGGGGUGGGCGAUGCCUACAGAGGGGACCCCCCCCCCCCCCCAAGCUUCCAGGGAUGGCGGCAGGAGGCACGAGGAGAAGCCAUGGGACCAGAGGGAGGGGUGUCCCCGGGGGGGCACAGGCAUAUCCAAGAUGCUUAUCUUUCCCCCUCUCUCGUCAACGGCUAUUACAACGCCUUGGGCCUGUGUGGGCUUUGCAAAUUUUCGAGGCGUUGCCUCGAACCCAGUUCUCCUUGACCCUUUGCAACACCGUGAGCUGGGCUGGAGUGGUUCUUCCCACUUUGCAGAAGAGGAAAUGGAGACCCCCCAAAGGUGAUGCCCAGCCUCACAGGAUCAGCGACUGGUAUUCUGAAGUCCCCCCGCCUGUAGAUCUCUGUCGGCCUCACCCUGCAGCGGGCCAGCCUGGAAACUUCCUAAAUUCCGCCACCGUGUCCGGUUUGCGGCCACCAGGCCUGGCCCCUCCCAGCGUGGCCGUCAGAGGCGGCUCCUUCCAGGGAGAGCCAGACUCCAGCCUGCUAGCAGAGGAUGUUUUCCUGCGCAGUGGACAUAACAUUUCUGGCACUUUCAGGAGGGGACUGAACAGUCUGUCCACUUUGGCUGCGUUCGGGGUUCCUGGACGGGCGCAAGUGUGCUUUCACAGGCAACAAGAUUAAUCACACAGCAACCUCCCUCCCUCCCGGCUCCUCACCUGCCCCGCCCCGUCCCCUGUCACCCGCGCUGU